GACUAGAGAGAGAGAGGUUCAUACUCCGUACGCCGGUCAGGCCUCUCUGCGAGGCCUAUGUGGGGAACCACCUAGCCUGACUAAUUACAUGCGUAGUGCCUUGUGGCCUCGUGCCCCCAUUCUGAGUUGCCUUGACGCCUUGACGCCUUAAUCAAGCAUUGCAUCAGCAUCAGCAUCUGCAUUUACCAUAACUUCGUGCCAAUUCUCACCAAACUCACCUUCGAUACGCAUUCGAUCCAAACGACCACGAUCCCGAAGUCAAUUCUCCUCCCCUUCUCCACCAUGGCAAAGAAAGCCAAAUCCCGCACCGUCGCCGUCCGGCUCAUCUCAAUGGCUAUGACGGGCUACUUCCGCACCUUUGUCCGACCGCGUGCUCACCGGCCGCUCAGCAUGCUGAAAUACGACCCAGUCGUUAAGAAGCAGGUGCUUUUCCUCGAGCAAAAACGGAGCGGGAAUAAGUAGAUGGGAAGAUGC